AUGAUAAGCGUGAUGGAUAGAGACAGAGUUAAAGAGAUGUUGGUGUGUGUUGAGGAGAAACACCGACUCUUUAAACAGCAGCAGUUCAGCUUCAUAGCGGCGCUCGAGCGCUCGCGCGAGCACGCGCACCAACGGACUCAGCGCGUGUCUACUGUCACACAGGUGCAACGUUACAUGACACACCACUGUAACAACGCCACAGACAGGCGGAUCUUCUCGCUCUUCCUGGACAUCAUGGACAGUCUCAAGGCAGCAUUACAAACUAUCGAAUCUUUUCCGUCGGCUCAGGAUCAUUUAAGUGAAGCUCUGGACACGUGCAGGAGUGUUUUCAGUCCUGACUUUAACUUUAGUCAACUUCAGAGUCAACUUCCACAUUACCCACAUGACGAGGUAAAUCGUCUGAGUUGUAACGAAGCUCGAAACUACUACAGCGGCGUCGUCAGCGUGAUCCCUGUGACUCUGGACCUGCUCCGCACAGCCGUCUCGGAACUGACACAAGCAGCGAGCAACAAAAGAGUUUCUCAGAUGGAUUGUACAGCAUCUGAGCAGCAGACAGCACCAGGUGGUGCAGAAAACACUGAAAUACCACAAGCCUCCUCCAAGCAAUCCUCCAAACCAGCGUGUAAAGCAUGGAAACCUGCAUGGAAGCCUCCAGGUCGCAGACGGAUCUAAAAAAAACAACAACACCACAGCGUUUCUUUCUCUCUGUUGAAAUAUACACACACUGACCACUUUAUUAGAUACACCUCUUUUAAUGCAUAUAUCUAAUCAGGCAAUCAAACGGCGAUGCGUUUAGGCGUGUAGACACGGUCAAGAUGAUCUGCCGAAGUUCAAACCGAACAAAAGAACGGGGAAGAAAGAUAACUUUUAACAUGACGUGGUUGCCUUGCGGCAUUCCUGAAACUCCUGAUUGACUGGGAUUUUUACACACAACCAUCUCUUAAGGUUUACAGAGAAUAGUCAAGGGAAAAUAUUCAGUGAGGGCUAGUUCUGUGUGCGAAAAUGCAUUGUUGAUGCUAGGGGUCAAAAGUAAAUGUUCAGACUGGUUUGAGCUGAUAGUAAGACAACAGUUAGUCAAGCAACAUUUUAUUACAAAGAUUCAGUAUGCUGAACAGGAUCUCUGAACACACACGUCGCUGAAGUGGGCCACAGCAGCUGAAGACCGCACCGCGUGCCUCUCCUCUUACCCAAGUGCAGAAAACCGAGUAGACAAUUCACAUGGUCCUACCAAAUGAAGCAAUAUAAAAUUGGAAAAAUCUUUCCUGGUUUGAUAAGUCCGAGGUAGUGAGGUCAGAAUUUGGCGUGAACAACAUGACAGCAUGAAUCCUUCCAGCCGUGAAUCGACGGUCCAGGCUGGCAGUGGUAAUGUAAUGGUGUGGGAGAGAUUUUCUUGGCAUACUCUGGGCCCCACAGUACCAAAUUUAGCAUGG